AUGUCACCGUCGCUCUACGAGAAUAUCGUCACUAGGCUUGCGCAGAUGGAGCGUCUGGUAGAGGAGUUACAAGAACCGAAAGAGCCUAAGGAACCCAAGGAACCUAGUGCGCCCAAGAAGAAAGCAACUGUUGCUAAGAAAGGUCCACAAGUCUUGACACCUGAAGAGUCCUCAUCCAACACAAAUCCGCCUCAGCCGGCCCUCACCGCGUCGACAAUUUCAACUCAAGUCUCGCCAGCUUCGUAUCCACCAUCACCGGCUUCAAGCUCACCGAGGACUGCGAAGCCUUAUUAUGCGGGAGCAUCCGAGGGUACUGUUGGAACUGCUGGAUCAUGCUCGUUGUUCUCAGCCGAGGGCAUCGCCAAGAUCGACACCUUGGUUGGCGAUACUCGUUAUUCAGAUGCAGUGCGUAAUCUUCUGCAACAAGUAAGGAGCUUCGCUCCGAAAAGAAGUCUCGACUUUUCUUCUUCCCCGAGGGACUACCCAUUCCCCCCAAAUGACAUUGUCAUCUUCUGCGUCAACGAGUAUAUGCGGACACUCAACAACGGCAUAAGGCUCUUGCAGGAGUCUAAAGUUCGCGCAGCGGUGAAUGCUUACAUGUACGGCCAACCUUGUGAUGAGCCAGGAUGGGAGCUGGCCCUGAACGUCAUCAUCAUGCAUGAAAUGCGAAGGCGCGACUGGAAUAGCGACAAUCCCGAGCACAAGCAUUAUCUCAACAACGCUCUCGCUCUAAUUCCGAAUGCCAUUCUACAGACGCCGAAUCCCAUGACUAUUGGGUCCCUUCUCUCUCUAGUCUAUUACUUCAUAUUCUCAGCCGAAAAUCACAUUGCUGUCUCAAUACUUGCCCUCGCAACUCAGUUCAUUCUCCUCGCUGGGUAUCAUAAUCCAGACCACCCAAAUAAAGUACUAGGCCAUCCUGCCGAUGUCCUGCAUCGCCGCCGCUUAUUCUGGCAAGCCUAUGUCCUCGACCAUGAUCUCAUGCUUCGCAUCGGCAAGCCACCUCUCAUUAGCGACGACUUUCUUCUGGAGCUUCCCGAGGAGUUUCCGACAGACGGAUAUGGAGUAUACUACUAUCCCGGCGAUGUCACACUGAGCUACUUCCACCAGCAGGUUCGCCUGUCUCGAAUCCAAGGACACAUCUACUCAAAGCUCUACUCUCAGGGUGGAGAAAUAAUGUCGGCUGCCGCCUUAGAGUCUACAAUCGCACAAUUAGAUGCGGAAUUGCAGGACUGGUGGCAAGGGAUUCCGGAAUUGAUCCGGCCUGAGCCUCAAAUGGACUUGUUGGAUGCUGAUUACACCAAGGUGAUGAGCCUCACUGUUUUGAACUUCAUGUAUUUUCAACUGGUUGUCGCUAUCCACUCCGCGGCUUUCCGAUUGCCUCUUCUCGACGAGGAUGAUGAUGGUCUGCGACCCAGUGUUGCCUUGUGCGUGAAUGCCGCGAGGGCCGCAAUUGCCUUGUUGAAGCACCAGCAAUUGCAACAUCCAUUCACCAUUUAUCUGUUGUACCAGGUGGCUUGGAGCGUCGACAUCCUUUUCGUAAACAUAAUCGAAAACAAGACCUCGACAACAGCGUUGCAAGACCUGGAGCUCAUCAAGAUGGUCAUCAACUUCUUUGAGAGCUACGACCCAAAUUAUCAGACGGUAGCUUCAUAUCACAUCAUCAAGGUGUUGUACGAAGUCGCCUCAUCUGUGGUUUUGGGGUGCCCGCCAGGACCCUGCAGCCAGAUUUCGGCAACAACGUCGAUUCCCUGCCCGCAACUACUGGCUACGGAUGCGACAAGUAGUCUCGGAAUCCCUUCGACGUCUUCGCCUCGCGUACCUCCCGGCCUCGAAUUCGGUGGCGAUUGGGGGAAUAUCUCACUUGGCGGGCAUGACUGGUUUUCUGCGGGCUUUUUGCAGAUGGCUGAUUGGGGUCUUCCAAUCAGUUCGCAGUCUAUGCCAGGACUCUAUGAGGAUACCAGUCCCUUGAACGGAAACCAAGGCUGA